UUGUCGGGAUGCACACGCACCAACACGGCCUCCUGCACGCACAGUUCAACAGUCAAGCACAGGCUGAGCGAGGGUACGUUGAGGAUGAAGACGUCGGACACGAUGAGGACGUGCACCCCAACACCCUCCGAGAAGCUGACGUAGACGGAGCCGACUUACACCAGGACAACUACGAGGAUGCAGACGUGUAUCCGAGUCGCAUCCUUGAGGAGACCCCCACCGAACCCCACCAUGAGACCUCGCUGGACACGCAGAGACGAAAGACCGGUGAGCCUGGCGUCAGUGCGGCGGCGCAGUGCGGCGAGCGUACUUCUGACGGCCAUUGCGGACUGAGAGCGACGGUGGGGGAGGUUCAGAAACGCUGCCCUGACAUGUUUCGUUGCUCGGAAGAGGUUUCCUCCUGGCUUCAGGAGAACCAGAACCACAAGGAGCAACUAGAGGAGUUGAGGGAGACCACGUCAGAGCUGCAGGAGGAACUGAGAAAUCAUCGGCAUCGAGUCCAGAUCCUGGAGAUUCAGGAGGAAAACCCUCGUCCAAACUCCACCUUUAACCAGCGUAUACACCCCGUGGAGAUGCGUCACGACGAGGCCAGGACGCUGCUCCGCGUGCAUGCGGCGCUGCUGCACGAACUGCAGGCAGACGUCCGCAAUCUGUCUUCCGGCGUUCGCCACAUGACUGCAAGCAUGGGCUGCACUGCCGGCAGGCUGCUGGGCAGGCGUGACACUUUAGUGCCAGAUCGACACUUUGUGUCUUCCUGUCCGUCAGAUUGUGCGUCUCUGUAUCUCAGUGGUGUGCGACAUUCUGGUGUUUACACCAUUGUCCUGUCACCCGGUGCAAAUAUGCCGGUCUACUGCGACAUGGAGAUAGAAGGUGGAGGUUGGACGGUGCUCCAACAGCGCCACGAUGGCUCAGUGAGCUUCAACCGUGGCUGGUCCGAGUAUCGCCAUGGCUUCGGUGACCCGUGGGGCGAACACUGGCUGGGAAACCAACAGCUCCACCUGCUGUCCGACCAGGGGCACUACCGCCUACGCAUUGACAUGCAGGACUGGAGCCACGUCCACCGCCACGCCCUGUACAACAAUUUCAGGAUCGAGGAUGAGAAGAACCAGUAUCGCCUCCAUGUGUCUGGUUACAGCGGGACCAUGAAGGACUCCUUCGCUUGGUACCACGAUGAACACGCCUUCAGCACGCCAGACACGGGCAAUGUCUGCGCCGAGAUCAGCCACAGUGGCUGGUGGUUCCACCAGUGCUUCUUCGCCAACCUCAACGGCGUCUACUACAAAGGAGGUCGUUACUCACUAAAGGCUAAGAACCUGCUCGGCCCGGACGGCAUCGUCUGGUUUUCCUGGAAGAACUCGGACUUCUACUCUCUCAAGGCCGUUUCCAUGAUGAUACGACCGCACAACUUUAGGCCGCGAGUGUCCCCGUAGUGAUGGAGAGCUCAUGACAAAGCGCCCUCGACCACUUAGUGCUUCAAAAUGGCACGUGAGUUUCCCCAGAACAAAGCCCUUGAAAAUCGGUAUUAACCCCGCAUAUCUUUGUGCAUCAUUUUUGUUAUUUUUAUCUGCCAAGCAUACAAGCAAACUGCAUCAUAAACAAGAGAGAAGCGUUAUUUCUUUACAUGUUUAUUUAGUGACAGAGCAGGAGGUAAGACGUCACGCACCUAAAAGGACUGAGAGGGAUCAGGUGGUCUUUCUCAGCCAUCAAAAGUGCACGAGAAGAUCUUCUUCAGAGGGUCUUUACAGACGAAGGGAGGGAGGGUGUUUAAGUGGGGCGCUCCCUGGCGCGGGUGACGUGCUUCCACCACAGAGGGGGGAGGUCGGUCUCCUUGCGGGCCGGAGGUAGGGCUUCAGACCUGGGCCCACCGGCUGGGGUCUCGGCCUCCAGCUGCGCCACCUGGAAGCAACGAUGGGAAUACUUUGUGGUUACUUGCUUCAAUUGAACAAUGUUUGACAUCCAGAUGGUGAGCGUAUGCGCUCUUUUGAUUUUCCUUCUACACAAAGAAUGUCUGGGAAGAUUUGGGAUCUGAAACGAGGAUGUCAUUGUGGCUUGUGCCGUCCUUUGAGACACUGGUGAUUUAGAGCUAUAUAAAUAAACAUUGAUUGAUUGAUUGAAAGAAGACACAGCAGAGAUUCCCACCUCUUUAUCCCAGCUCUCCAAUCUCAGCUUCUUCCACUGCUCCCUCUUGGAGAAGUAGUCAGGGUACAUGGCCUUCUCUGACGGGUGCCAGUAGUCCAGCACCCACUCAGGAACCUAGAAAAACAAAACAGCCACAUUUUACCUAGAACUUGACAGCCAGAAUUUCAGGAGAUAGAAAUGAGUCAAAUGAAAUAGAAGUUUUUGAAAAUAAUUUUUGUUCUGUUAAAACAAUGCAGCAAAUGAGAAUUAAAAAAAAAAUCCCUUUGUUCAUAGAACAAAGGGCUGGGUGAUAAAACGAUAUCAAUAUACAGUUGCAAGAAAAAGUAUGUGAACUUGGAUUUCUGCAUAAAUUGGUAAUUAAAUGUCUUAUGCUCGUCAUCAAAACAACAACAAUAGACAAAGUCUGCUUAAACUAAUACCGCACACAAAAUAUGGGUUUACAUUUUUUGUAAAAAUUUGAAAUGCAGUGUGGAAAAAGUAUGUGAACCCUUGGAUUUAAUAACUGGUUGACCUUCCUUUGGCAGCAAUAACCUCAACCAAAUGUUUCCUGAAGUUGCAGAUCAGGCCUGCCCAACGGUCAGGAGGAAUUUUGGACCAUCCCUCUUCACAAAACCGUUUUAGCGGGGCAAUAUUCUUUGCUUUCGAGGUCAUGCCAAUGCAUCUCAAUCGGGUUGAGGUCAGGACUCUGAUUAGGCCACUCCAGAAGGCGUAUUUUCUUUUGUUGAAGCCCUUCUGGUGAGGAUUUACUUCUACGCUUGGGGUCGUCCUGUAUCGAUACCCAUCCUCUGUUGAGCUUCAGUUGGCGGACAGAAUAUCUCCCGUCCAAAGGCAAAACCCAGUAACUCAAUUUUGGUCAAAACUAAGCUGAUAAUUUUGGAGUUCCUAGGUGAUAUGCUUUACAUUAGUGUAUGCGAUAUUGUAAUUUGUUCCGUAAGUAAGCUGUUACGCGCAUUGCAGGACCUAGCAACUACCACAUAACCGCAUAGAUACAACAGAAAAACCUAGUAUCUCAAGGGACCAAUCGGAGCUUCUUUUUUCAGUCGCCUUAUUGUCUUUAAUGAGACAUUUGCACGAAUGGGGGCCGACGGUCAACCUGAUUAUGUGAUAUUAUGGCACGAGGGGAUAUUUGGAAGAUUGACCCAGGACGUUGCAAGCAUCUUCAUUAAAUUUAUUGUUCUUGAUUCUACCCCUUGCAUACUAUUUUGGGCAGAUAACUGUGGAGAUCAAAAUAAAAACUGGACGCUGUACACGGCUCUUGCCCAAUGUGCAAACGCAGAAUGGGGCCCACCCGAGAUUGUGAUAAAAUAUCUGGAGAAAGGGCACACGUUCAUGAUAGCAGAUUAAAUCCAUGGCUCAAUCGGCAAGAAAAUGAAAGCUCAAGAGAACAUCUAUACCUUUGAUGACUUUGUAGAUCUUUGUAAGACAGCAUCAAGAUAGAUUGGUUUUCCUUUGUUUUGUCAAAAUCGGCUAGAAGUGAGUUACUAGGUUUUGCCUUUGGACGGGAGAGAUGGUCUUAAGUUUUCCUGCAAAAUGUCUUGAUAAACUUGGGAAUUCAUUUUUCCAUGGAUGAAAGCAAUCCGUCCCGGCCCGGAGGCAGCAAAGCAGCUCCAAACCUUGAUGCCACCGCCACCAUAUUUCACAGUUGGGAUGAAGUGUUGUGCCGGUUUUUCCUCCACAAAUAGCGUUAUGUGAUCUUUCCAAACAACUAAAUUUUGGGUUCAUCUGUCCACAAAAUAUUUUGCCAGUGCAACAUCCAGGUGCACUUUCCAGUGGCUUCUUCCGUGGUGCCCUCCCCUUAACUACAUUCUUGUUCAAUAUUUUACGUAUUGUAAAUUCGUUAACACUCUUGGAUUCUUCUUCACCUCCCUGAGCAUUCUGUGCUGUGCUAUCGGUCCUCUUUACAGGUCGACCACGCCUAGGGAGGGUAGCAACAUUGCUGAACUUUCUCCAUUUGUAUAAAGUCUGUCUUAGCGUGGACACACGCACAUCAACGCUUUUAGAGAUACUUUUGUAACCCUUUCCAGCUUUAUGCUUGUUAUCAAUUCUUGAUCGUAGAUUUUCUGUGAGCUCUUUACCAUGAAUUGAUUAACGUGGACCCCGACUUUAACAAGUUGAAAAACUUAUUCGGGUGUUACCAUUUAGUGGUCAAUUGUACGGAAUAUAUACUGUACUGUGCAAUAUACUAA